UAAAAAAUUCAAGUAAAAUAUAUUUUUAAUUUUUAGUAUAAUUCUUUUGAUUUAUAUCUGGUAUUCUGGUAUUGAGUAUUGACUAUUGAUAUAAAAUUCUUUCAUUGAUAUGUUUUAAUUUCAAUUUAUUAAUUUACAAUGUGGAGUGUUAUAAGCCGACGUGUAUUCUUCAGGAAAUUCGAACGGCAACUCAUUGUUCGUUGCACGUCUACAAACGAUUCAUACGGACUAGAUAAAAUCAAAUCAAUACCUGUUCCGGAUAUAGUGAGAAAACCAGCGCGCUUACCAUUUUUGAAAUCAAUAUAUGCUGGUCAGUAUGAUAUCGAAGUCCUUACAUAUCCAGAAACACUUAAUCUGGAGAGGUUCAAGGACCUGGAAUCCCGAGUGCAACAAGUCCAACACAAUUGUACGAAAAUUGAAACAGUCCGGCAACUAGGACUAUUCGGCAUGAGUGCUCCAUACCCAUGUUCAGGCCUCAACCUAUCUGACACUGAAAUCGCUCGUGUAUUUGAAUACUUUGAUUCCAAUACAUUCAAAUCCGUGUUUAAUCACACACUCUGCGUAGAUAUUAUAAAAACUUUUGGUACACCUAAUCAAAAAUCUAAAUAUUUACCAUUGCUCGCAUCGGGCGCUGUAUGCACGUUGCAUAUCAAUACUGUAAUGGGUACACAAUUGCCCAACGAGAGUUGGGAACUCACUGGGUCGGUGAAAAAUUCUGCAGAUGUCUUAUUGUUAUUCGUAAUUGGAAAUAAAGCGUACAUAGUAGAAAAGGAUAAAACUUUUGUUAAUGGAGAAAAUUUAGAAUUGAGACAGGUGGUCGUUAAUCCAGAUGAUGUAAUGGAAAAUGUUAAUUUAACAAAAAUUAUGCACAAGAGUAAAUUAUAUACGUGUUCCUUAUUGACUACGUCGAUGAAGAGAGUUGUUCAAUCAACCAUUCAAAGUAUAAUACCAAAAACUAGGUUAAAUCUAAAAUUAAGAGAAUAUGAUUCUGUUCUGAAAAUAUUAGCAAAAUCAUUGAUUAAUAUAUACACACUUGAAAGUAUGAUAUAUCUAACCACAUGGAUGACUGAUGGAUUUGAUGAUCCAGACAUCGAGCUAGAAUCAGCUUCUAUACAGCUAUUUGCUCGUCAAACUGUUGACAAUAUAUUAUUAGAUUUAAAAAUGGUAAAUGGAAGAAAUUCAAUAAAUGAACAGUUUUUAUCUUUGUGCAACGAGGUAGAGGAUUUAGUUGAAAGUUUGGAAGGAAGUAUGAAACUAGCUAAUUUUAUUAGUAGUCAAGGUGUGGAGUUUUUUAAUAAAUCUGAUUAUAAAGAAAAUGUUUCAUUCCUGACUGCAGCUUAUAGAAAUAUAAUGAUGAAAAGAAAUGAACCAAGUUUAAAAUAUGGUCUUCAACAAUUUCUACAUCCUGCACUUAAGCAUGCUGCAAAAUUUCUUGAGUAUGACGUAUUGAAAUUUCAAUUUAUAAUUGAUCAAUGUCAUGCUGCUGGUCAACUGAACACUGAUAAUCAAAUGCUUAUGGAAAGGUUGUCUACAGUAAUUGUAUACAUUUAUGCCAUGACAGCAGUGCUCGGUAGAGCUUCUAGAUCAUAUUGUACUGGAAUCCGGUUUUGUGAUUAUGAAAUGAAUACUGGAGAAACGGUGGUUAGAGAAUCAUGUGCUUUGCUUAAACCAAUCUUAGAAGAACUGAUGAGUGGUAAAUAUAUUGCAACAGAUUCAGUCUACGAAUCAUUUGCCGACCAAUUAUUAGUUAAUGAUAAUAAUAAAAAUCGAGAACAAAUAGAGACGUAAGAUGUAUAAUUUAUACUUUAUUACAUUUUUAUGUUUCUAAUUAAUUUGUAUAUAGUUUAAAUAAAAUAUUUUUAAUUU